GACUGUUGUAAUUUUGAAUUCCAAAUACAAUACAUUCGUUCGAGUUCAUCUGGUACUUCUUGAUUAAGUUGCGUUAUUCCUGGGAUUACUAGUUCAUACUACAAUUCAAAUACUUCUAAUUAUCAUAUUGGCGUCGCGAUGGAGCCUGCGAUACAACAGUUGGACAUUCAUUCAACUUCUGAAGCUUGUGAGGAUUACCUUGAAAGGUUUGAGAUAUGGAGCAUGACCAAGAAAGAUAUGAAGGGUGACAAAAUUGUGGCACAUUUUCUUACAUUCAUCGGUCAAGAAGCCUACAGUUUAUUAAAAACCUUGGCAUAUCCAGAUAAGCCGAUUUCACUCCCAUAUACAACUCUCAAGGAAUUACUAUUAAACCAUGUGAAGUGCACCAGUUUUGAGUGUCGUGAGAGAGCAAAAUUUCAUAAGAUGAUUCGUCAGGAUAACCAGAAGGUUAAAGACUUCAUCCUUGAAUUGCAAAGACAAGCUGCCAAAUGCAAUUUUGGUGAUCAGCUUCAUGUACAGUUGAGAGAUCGGUUAAUUGCUGGAAUUAACAUACCAGGUCUGGAAAAGGAGCUGUUAAGAAUGCCGAACUGUUCUUUUCAAAAUGCUAGAACUGCAUGUAUUAACUACGAAGCAGUGAAUGAACUUGAUAUUCAAUCGAUGAAAAUUUCUAAUACUUUGCUUAGUCGUCUUGAUGAAUUACAAUCUCAGGGUCGAUCAAAUUUGCGUUCGUUUAAUCGUGAUUGCUAUUCCCGUGGAAAUAUGAAAGGUGGUUUAACAAGGAACUGCAAAGCAAACAACAAAGGUGAGAAUAAGUUUGGUAAAUGCUUAUCUUGUGGCAAAUUUCAUUUUCGUAAUUCAUGUACAUUUCGUAAUGCUAAAUGUUUUAAAUGUGGCAAGAUAGGACACAUUCAGUCAGUGUGCAAAACUACUGUUCACUUUGCUUCAAGUAUUACUAAGUCUGGUAACUUAGAUCCCAAUAAUUCGGCUGUUCUUGAUGAUCAUUUAUCUUUAUCCACUACUUCAAAAGGGAAUGUUCAUAUUCAAAAGCGAUUAUAUACAUCCCUUGGUUCAUUUCAUGACUUUAUUGUGGACACAGGUAGUAUAGAGUCCAUUAUUUCAUUCAAGAACUUGAAAUCUUUAGAUCCUAAUGUUGUGGUAAAACCCACUGAGGUCUCAAUACUGGGGAUUACUGGACACAGACUACCUAUACGAGGAUGUUGUAAAUUGCUAAUAAGAGAUGAUAAUUCUUCAUACGUACCUUGUGAAUUUUUAGUUAGUGAAACAGGACUGUCCAUACUGGGUUUAAAAAAUCUGAAAAGGCUUAAAGUGGAAUUGUCUCUACUAGUUUCUACAGAGAAUUCUGAUGCUUUACUCAAGGAUUUGAUAGCUGUGUGUGCUAAGUGUAGUGGAGGUAUGAAAAUUCAGCCCAUUAAACUUCAAGUACAGGGUGAUCCGGUCUUUCUUAAAAGACGAAUAAUUCCUUAUGGUCUUCGAGAAGCAGUACAUAAGUCACUGAAUGAUUUGUGUGCGAAAGGUAUAAUUGAACCAGUUCAGUCCUCAGCAUGGGGUACUCCUAUUGUUACGCCAUUGAAAUCGGAUGGCAAGACCCCUAGAAUAUGCGGUGAUUACAGAUUGACACUGAACUCCCGUUUGUUGAAGCAAACAUGCACGACGAUGGAGGCUGAAGAUAUUCUAAAUCGGCUUCAUGGUUCUAAAGUGUUCUCGAAAGUUGACUUGAAAGAUGCUUAUCUUCAAAUCCCUUUAGACCAAUCUUCAUCUAUCUUGACAACAAUUAACACUCCUUUUGGUCUGUUCAAAUACAACUUCCUUCCAUUUGGUCUUAGUUGUUCUCCAGCCAUAUUUCAAGAGGUCAUGAAUAAGAUAGUCAGCGAUAUUGAAGGUGUUGAAGUUUAUCAAGAUGAUCUCAUUGUUCAUGGUGCUGAUAAAGUAGUCCAUGACCAGAGACUUAUUGCUUUAUUGCGUCGUUUAAUUGAGAAGAAUAUUACAGUGAAUCCAAAUAAGUGUUCAUUUAGUGUAUCUAGUUUUGAAUGCCUUGGAUACCUAGUUGAUGGUAAUGGUUUUAGACCAGAUAUGAAACGACUAGCUCCACUGACAAAUGCACCGUCUCCAAAAAACAUCACAGGAUUACGUUCACUAGUGGGUGCUCUUCAGUACUAUUCUCGUUUUAUUCCUAAUUUUUCUUGUCGUGCCAAUUGUUUAUUUAAUAUUUUGACAUCCAAUUCAUUCAAAUGGGGUGAAGAACAAGAGUCAUGCCUACGAAGUCUGCUAAAGUUUCUUCAAAGUGAUGCUGUCCUUCGAACUUACUCACCCAGUGUACAUUCUGUUCUUAUUACUGAUGCGUCACCUGUAGGUAUUGGUGCAGUUUUGGAACAGGAAGGUAGGCCAGUUAUAUGUGUUUCACGCAAACUUUCUGUUGCUGAACAAGGUUAUUCACAAACGCAGCGAGAAGCGUUAGCUGUGUUUUGGGCUGUUAAAAGACUUCAUAAAUAUUUAUUUGGAAAUAAGUUUACCAUUGUUACUGAUCAUGAAGCCUUAAAGUUCAUUUAUCAUCCUGACAAAUCCUUAGCACGUUCCUCAGCUGCUAUGGUUCAACGAUGGAGUAUUGCUUUGAGUGCUUAUGACUAUACGAUUCAGCACAGGAGUGCAAAACAAAUUCAACACGUUGACUACAUUUCUCGACAACCAUUACAAGAUAGACCUGUUAAUACUUCAGACUGCUUGUUAGUGCAACCUUUACCGGUGAGACGUCCAGAUCUCAUUAGAGAAACUCGUAGAUACUUUGGAUGUAUACUCAGUGCUAUACGGAAGGGUUGGAAUGCUAAUCUGAAACGUAGAUUUCCUGUCUAUUAUUCAAAGCGGGACGAGUUAUCUACUACUCCUGACGGUAUUUUGUGUUUAAAUGAUCGUGUUGUUAUUCCUCCUUCAUUACGCAAACCUGUCCUUGAUGAUCUUCAUAGUGGACAUCUUGGUGUUGAGAAAAUGAAAUCCUUAGCAAGACUCACAUGUUGGUGGCCAGAGAUAAAUGCAGAUAUAUGUCGUACAGCAAACAAUUGUGAGAAAUGUCAUAAGCUAAAAAGUCUGCCUUCGAAGUGGACUCCAUGGCCAGUAUCGUCUGAGGCCUGGCAGAGAAUUCAUGCAGACUACUGUGGUCCAUUUCUUGGCAAAUACUAUGCACUUGUAAUUAUUGAUUCUUUUUCUAAGUGGCCUGAAGUUUUUUUCACAACUUCACCGAAUUCUGACUUCACAAUUCAAGCAUUAAGGAAGGUGUUUAGUCGAGAAGGAGUUCCCAUGGUGUUGGUGACUGAUAAUGGCUCUCAUUUUGCUGCAGAUGCAGUCACUAAUUGGUUAAAUGGUAUAGGGUGCAGACAUCUGUUUACGGCUCCCAGGCACCCUUGUUCCAAUGAUCAGGCAGAAAAUUUCGUAAGAACAUUGAAAAUUGCUAUUGAUUCUAUUGCUGCUUCGACAUUCAAUGAACUGGAGAGGGGAGUAGAUACAUUUCUACUUCAAUAUAGAAAUGCUAAGCAUUCUGUGACGAAAGAGACUCCAUCAAAGCUAUUAAAAGGAAGAAUUCUCCGUUCGAAUAUGAGGUGUUUGGAGUCUGCAGAAGUUACGUAUUAUCGUGGUAAUGAUCUUCGACCAGCCACGGGGAUCGUGGUGAAGAAUGUUGGAAAAUCUAUGGUGCGAAUUCUGGAUAUCAAUGACUUGACCAUACAUAACCGACACGUUGAUCAAAUACAAUACCAGAAUCCAGGUGAGUCUGUUCCAAUUUCGGUUGUUAAUUCUAAUACUAAUGAGUGCAUUCUAGAUAAUACAGAGUCUACAUCCAAUACACCGUCGGACAGAUGUAAGAUGAACUUAAGAAGAGGACGAACAAUCGAUUACAGACACUUACACUCCAAUUCGAGCUGUGGCGGAUGUGAUGUUUAAAUAAAUCAAUGACUUCUUCGUAUUGAUGACUGUUGUAAUUUUGAAUUCCAAAUACAAUACAUUCGUUCGAGUUC